UUGAACACAAAACCAAAGUUCCCAAGACAGCAAUAACACAUAAAAAAAGUGCAUUUUCUAUGGCUAACUGUUUCCUCCAGGGGGCGAUAGUCACAUUAUAUACAAUGCUUCCUGUUUGACACAUAUAAGCUACUGUGUUUGCUGCCCAACAGUUCCCACUUGUAAGCCAGACCUUGCAGAGGAAAGUUGCUGCCUAUAUUAAAGCUGAAAACUUCGAUUGCUGAGGUAAUUAUCAAGCCACUGACAUCUUUCUAUGUAGGAAAAGUAAUAAUUAAUAAUAUAUUUAAUCAAAUAUGUGUAAUGUGUAGGAAGUUUUGUAUAUUUAAAGUUAAAUAUUUGUUAGUUUCUUAGUCCUUAAAAUUAGCAUGGCCUCAUGAUGACCUACAGUAAUUGCAUUGUCAUUGCUUCUUUGCAGUUUCUGAGACGCCAGCAGUGGAUCCUGUUAUUGAAAUAAUGCUUUAUUUUUAUUUUCUCCAAUAGAAUUAAGCACUGUAAAAUACUCAUGGAUAAUAAGUAUAGUAAACUGUUUCAGUCUAUUACUAAAUAACCAUUUUUAGAUACAUAAAUUUAUUCAAAUGUAUUUUUAAUAAUAUUGGUAAAAAAUAUAUAUAUAGCUAAUUUAUGUUUUAGUUCAAUAGUAAUUUGAUUAAUGUAGAUGCAUCUACUUUUCACAAUGUAACUUUUAAAAAGUUCUAUCCUGCUUUAUUUUUAGUCAGAAUCAUAAAUGUGUACACCAUACAUGUUCACAUAACCCGCUCUCUUGCUCAGAAUACCCAGCAAAAUACACAUAAUUAUCUACCAGCUUUAAUAUCAUGCUGCAUAUAUUAUAUAGUGUCAUUUUUUGCAUAUUUUCACAGGAUUGUUUACUACAGUGAGAUUUGUUAGGAAUUCAAAGCAAAUUUCAAAUUUAAGGUCAAAAUAGCCAAAUUGGAAAAAAAAAUUCAAUUUGGCUACUUGGCCUUAACUUUGAAAUUCAAUUUACUUUGAAUUUUCAUUAUAGUAAAUAACCAUGUUAGUGUAAUAGUCACUUUCUGAAAGUCACCAUUUUAGCCAUAUAUGACAUAGAGCCUUUAGGUACACCCAUUAAUCUCUGUAUACUACAAAUGGAACUCUUAUAAAAUAUAUAGAGGUGCAGGGCUGUAUUGCUUAUUAAGAAGGAGCCGUUUUGUAUAUAUUUAUGCAAAAAUGGUUCCCUUACUAUUAAACAGUCUAUCUAGUAAAGUGUUUCUUUAGUAGUGAAAAUUUAUUUUGUAUUACAUUUGUAAAAAAUGAUUUAAUUCCCCCAGUGAAUUCUACAUAAUGUCAGACAGCUCUAAUCAUGUACCUGAGGACAGCAUGUGAAUAUCUCAUAUCUGGCCAGCAACAAACACACACGGGCAAGAUGGAAAUAUAUAUGGGAGACAUAAAUAUAAAUAUAGUAAAUAUAAUAGAUUUAUUUAUAUUUAUUUUGGUGUGUGUGUGUAAAUGUAUAAAUCGAUAUGUAUGUGUGUAUAUAUGCAUGUAUACAUACCUACUGCUACUAACAUAUGUUUGGUCAGAGGGAAAGGCAGAGUAUGCAUGAUGGAAGUACAGACAGGCAGAAUACACAAUGGAAAACCAUGUAUUAUGGGAAACUGAAUAACACUGAUGUGUUCCUGAGACUUUAUGAAGCACAAAACUGAUAUUUGGUGGAAAUGGAGAGUAGAUCUUGGGCAAGAAGUGGGUGUGAGGAGGCACAGUGUGAGUAAUAAAAGAUAAUAGUUGGAUCAGCAGAAGUUGUAAUCAUCCCAGAAUAGGCAGUGGGGCUGGAGUAGACAUGGUUGGAACUCAAGGAGAAGCGAGCAGUGGUAGUUAUAGUUGUAUUGGUAGUAGCAGGUAGUGAGAUGUUUUGAGGCAGAAUCAAGAAUGGAGAGCUGUAGUUUUAGCGGAUGAUGGCAGUAGCAGUCUGGAAACCGUAACUAGUGUGAGACCAUUAGCUGGUAGCCCAAUAGAACAAGAUGCCGUGACACUAUUAAUGCCCUCCACCUCUUCCUGACACUCCCAGCUGCUCUACAGCACUGGCUAUAUGCAGUUAUAUUGCACUGUAAUUCUGGGCCAUUGUGUUUAUUCUGCCAGGUGUCCCAUACAAUCACCAGCUUCUGACUAGCUCCACAGUUGAACAAGAGGUACUAAUAAGACACCACCUAUUACUUUAUGAUCUAGCUAACCUCUAACUGGCUAUCCAGAGUUCAAGAAACAAAAACUACACAAUCCUUAACCUUACAUAAAAUGUUAACAUAAUUAACUACAUUGUGUUAAAAUGUAACACUGUAAUGUCAAAAUCCAUCUGCAGUCAACAUGCCAAGUGUAUGUUGUAACAGGACAGAAAUUGCACUACUCAAAUUAUGCCUGAUAUCUACGUUAACAUUAGAUCUGUCUGUAACAGCUCCUAUCAAUGUUUUAAUUAUUUAUUCCAGGAUAUAAUGUUUCAUAAGUCGCUACGAAACCACAGUUUGAUCAGUGCAGAACAUCACCAGCCAACACCCAAGCCUUUCUUCAUUAUCUUCCUUUUCUACCUAUUGCUAUUAAGUUACCUCAUACAUUGCAACACCCAUAGGAGGUUAUUAUGCUCGGCUUCUUUGUAAGAUGACUGAAAAAACCUGCUGUGGGGGAAAAAAUAUACUGGAGGAUUAGUGAAAUAUCCCUGGAGUAUUGCUAUUCAUGUGCACUACAGCACAUAAUAACUCAGGUUCUGCACAACACAAUAGGGGUGACUAAGCAAAAUCCUCUCCUGUAGAUUAUUUAAGAAUAGUUCCAGGGGUAUGAGCUAAUGUGCACACAUUCAUUUACUCUUUCUCCCAUCUCUCUCAACUUCUGUUCUUUUUUUUAUUUGUUUUAUUGCCUAUUUCCUUCUACUUUACAUCUGCUUUACAUUUAGAAAAGCAGGCUAUAGAAAACAGCACCUUUACUGUUCAAUGACCUACAACUUUUAGAUGUAAAACAGAUGCAAACUAAAAGUCUGAAAGAAAGAAAAAUAAAAUUUAAAGGGAAACACUGAUUUAUUUGGAAAUUACACCAUCAAAUAAAGCUUAUAAAAUCAUCUGUAACCCUUAAACCUUUAUUUUUCACGCCAUGCUUUGUUUUCUCUUAAAGUGGCAAUGUCACCAUCUGGGAACUUUGCAAAAUUCGCAAAGACCCUCAACGGUGACAUCGCAGCUAGUGGUCUGCUGGCCGGAGGCAGGUAAGUAAAGGUGGAAUUGACUUACCUAACCCUGUCCCUCGUGGUCGCGGUCAUCUUCCCUCAGCAGUCCUCUUUAGCUCCUUUCACUUUAUCAUACUCGAGAUUACAGUAUUGAGGCCCUAUUAGCAAGAUGCUCCAAAGACAAAGCCAAUUCCUUGCAGCCAUGUCGGGAUUAACACUGUAACUCCACCCAGUGUCUUAGAAAGUCUGGUGGUUGAAAUACACAGAGGCAAAGUAGUUCCUACUUUUGUUUCUGUAUAUCUCUUGACCGGGUUGGAAUUUCAGUCAAUUUCCAACACAGUAAAAAUUUGUAUUUCAUAAAGGUUCUAUCUAUAUCAUGUACUCAUUUUUUUGUGUGGGGUGGGGAGGGGGAGGAGUGCUGGUCUAAGUUGUAUAUUAAAGGACCACUCUAGGCACCCAGACCACUUCAGCUUAAUGAAGUGGUCUGGGUGCCAGGUCCUUCUAGGGUUAACCCAUUUUUUCAUAAUUAUAGCAGUUUCAGAGAAACUGCUAUAAUUAUGAAUGGGUUAAGCCUUCCCCCUAAUCCUCUAGUGGCUGUCUCAUUGACAGCUACUAGAGGCGCUUGCGUGCUUCUCACUGUGAAAAUCACAGUGAGAGCACGCCAGCGUCCAUAGGAAAGCAUUGUAAAUGCUUUCCUAUGAGACCGGCUGAAUGCGCGCGCAGCUCUUGCCGCGCGUGCGCAUUCAGCCGGCAGGGCGUAACGGAGGCGGAGAGGAGGAGGAGAGCUCUCCGCCCAGCGCUGGAAAAAGGUAAGUUAUUACCCCUUUCCCCCUUCCAGAGCCGGGCGGGAGGGGGACCCUGAGGGUGGGGGCACCCUCAGGGCACUAUAGUGCCAGGAAAACGAGUAUGUUUUCCUGGCACUAUAGUGGUCCUUUAAACAUUUAGCAAAUUACAUUACAAUCUUAUUCAGAAUAUAGACACUCAGCCAGGUCACAAAUUGAAUGAAUGAAUGAUUGAAUUAAUGAAUGAAUAAAAAAAUAGAAACAUUGUGUCUGCUUUUCUUCUUGCAAUAAAUAUAUUGUUCUAAGGCAGAAAAGGGAAACGUUUAUGACAAUUGACAGGGAGCCAAGAUGGAAAUAUCCAGUUCCUAAGUAGAGGUAAAUAUAGCAGUUUUGAUUUCCACAUUUAUUUUUAAUUUUCAGACCUCUUAUACUUGUAUUUGUGAAAUACAGAGGGUAAGUAAAGAUAAUGUAAACCUCAUGAUACGUGGUGUAAAUCUUUUAAGAGGUUAUGAUUAAAAUUGCAGCAAGGAAGUCACUGAAGGUAGGGCCUAGAUUCCCAUUUUGUUCGUUUUUUAAUUUGUGCUUUGAAUACAUAGGCUGCAAGUUUCUAUAUACUCCUAGGACUGAAGGGAGUGCUUUAUGUACAUUAUCCUAAUCUGUGUUUAUAUUGUUGAGGUGUGAAAAUAGAAGUAGGACAGAGUUGAGAAUGAAAUGUCAAACACUAAUGGGGUUUAUUUAUAAAACUCGGAAUUGUAGAGAAUCAAAAUAUAAAAAGCAAACUGUAGGCUAAAGUUGUGACUAUAACCAAGUUGGAUCUAUUGUUGACUAAAUCUUACCAUUUCAAUACAAUUCAUGUUUUAGUGAAUACACCUAAAAUCAACCACUAGAAUCCCCUCUAAGCAUGAAGUAUUUGCGAAAAGGACUGCACAAUGAUGCAUGUGAGUGCAUUGGCUUCCAAGUGUCAUUUUUGGAGGUGCCAGUUUAAAUGUUACAGAUUUAUACAUCAGAAUUUAUCCACAAUGAUUAAAAGACAAUUUGAAUUAGUUAACAAUGAAAUGAACAUUCAUGAAUACUGUACCUUCUUAAUAAACCAGCAGCAGGAACAUGGGUUUUGUUAUAAGCACAAGGCAUCAUCUAAUUUCUUUUUUAGAUCAUUUAAAGAAACUCUCCACUCCAGACACCAUAACUACAGUGCACUGUAGUGGUUAUGGUGUCAGAAGUGCCCUGGUGCCCCACAAAUGUAAGUAGUAAAACAAUUUUACAGUGGUUUGACUUCUUGCUGAAGCAGCACUUAGCUCAGAAGAGCUAAUGGAAGCUCCUAAACAGACAAAGUCAAAGUCUGUAGAGAGACAAGGAGCAUCGCCCAAUGGAAUCCAGGCAAGGAGUCCACUAAAAUUUUCCAUAUCUAUAGCCAGUGCAUAUAACUACCACUUUGUUGAGUUGCGGUACUUAUUAUCACAAUAUGUAAAAGAGGAAAUUAGGAUGUUAGCUUUUAUUAGACACAAACUCACAAUGGUCUGACAAUAUUAAUAACAUUUAAAAGGACACUCAAAGGACCAUAACCACUUCAGCUUAUUGUAAUUUGAUGUAAGGUGUCAUGGGGUAAAUUUUUCAAGUUGUACGACAAAAAAGCACUUUUACAGAAAUCUGUCCUCAUCCAUUAAACCCUAAAAGCCAUGUGAAAACCGGGAAUGGUUUAGCUCAGAACUCACAUCUUAUCAACAGACCUCCCAACAGUGGGCUGUGUUAAAGAGGGUAAGCUAGUGAAGUGGGGAUCGCAUAAAGAACGGUUAGGUUAGCGUGAACACCACACUGCCUGCCAGUCAAGCAGGCAAGUCCACCCAUGGCAGGCCCUGUAGAGAGCACUUUUUCAGUGCUCUCUGCUGAGCCCUAGUGCCCUUUACAUAGGGCGAGCGCAUCUAAUGAUGCACUUGCUCUACACUUUCCAGAGACAGUUUCCUGGUGUUCCCAAAAACACCACACUAGGGGGCAAAAUCAAGACUGGAUCCUAAAAUAGGGACUGACAAAAAGGGAGUGAAGCAGCGCUUAGAAAACUAGACAAAAAUAAACGGGGAGGCAGCAAACCUGAAGCGUAGGGGGUUCCCUCCCAAAAAAAAACUAAAACAAGUGGAGACAAGAAAAUAAGAAAUACCAAGGUGUACCAAAAACAACAUAAGAAAACAAAAACAACAGUGUAAUAUCUGUAAUAGGUAAAAUCACACUAAGAUCUAAUAAUGACCCUUAAAGGAAAGUUCAAUAACGAAAAACAAAACAAAAGAUAAAGCAAAAAUAAAGGCCAGGUGUGUAAAGUAAUGUGCCUUCUAUUCAGGUAAAAAUAGAAUAAAGUCUUAUCUUGAAUAAAACAGCGCAGCAAGUUCCUUGGCUCUGGAUAUAUGGGAUACUUAUCAUUAAGUUGUCAUCCCAUAUCUCUAGAUCUAAGGAACCUGCUGCACUGUUUUAUUUGUUUUAUCUUUUGUUUUGUUUUUUGUUAUUUAAACUACCUUUAAGGGACAUUAUUAGGUCUUAGUGAGAUUUUUCGUAUUGUAGAUUUUACCUAAUUCAGAUAUUACACAUCUUUUUUUGUUUUCUUAUGCUGUUUUUUUUGGCGCACCCUGGUAUUUUGGUUCUGGUCUAAAAUGGGGACUGAACUGCUGAAUUCAGGACAAUUGGGAGGCCUGUAUCAAUGCCAUCCAGAUUGGGCUGAAUCAUACUUGUGCUAGUAACAGGUAACAGCCCUAAUGUUAAAUGCAAUAUUUAAGACGCCCUCAAUGUAUUCCAAUGCUUCGUCAUAACACCCCAAGCUGGUUUUUCCAGCAUUUCUAUUCAACAAUGUUAAGAGGUGGGAUAGUCCUCUCCUUUCUGGCCAACCUUUCAAAAUAAGUAAUUACUCAUUGACAUUUUUGUUGUUGUGUGGAAUGUACUGAUACAAUCUUAUUCUAUUCUGGUGCAGCUAAUAUACACAUAACACUCCAAUAAGAUGUUCUUGUACCGAAAGGUCAGAGAACCUGUUCAGCAGGAAUGUAGUUAUUCUGUCAAGAAAAGAAGUUAAGAUAAUUUAGUCACUGAUAAAUACAUGGAGACAAGAAUGAACAGUUCUGUGGUUUAUUCAUGAAAACAACCAUAAUAGCUCAUUGACAAGGCAAUUACAAAUUUGGUGAUAAAAUACUCGCGCUAGAAAAAAUACCCAAAAGGGAGAAACAUUCCAAUUUAGCUAUUUUGGCCUAAAGAAAUUGUUUACUAAUACGUUUUCUAUAAUCUAAACUUUACCAAAUAAAAUCAUUCUUUAACCCCUUAAGGACCAAACUUCUGGAAUAAAAGGGAAUCAUGACAUGUCACACAUGUCAUGUGUCCUUAAGGGGUUAAAGGGAAACUGUCACUCCCAGGAAUUUUAAAGUGGCACUCCAGAAUUCACAAACACCCCUGAUGGUGACCAGGGGUCAGGUUGGUGAACAUGAGUUCUACUUAUCAGAACCUGUCCCUUGUGGACAUGGUCAUCUUCUUCUGGCAGGUCUAGAAGUGUCUAGAAUUAUCAGGUGGAAAAUAUAUUCAGACAAAAUAUUGUUUCUCUAUUUCUCAUGACUACGUUAGAAUUUCAGUGAAAUUCCAACACAGUCAAAAUAAGUAAUUCAUAAAAAUUCUAUCUUUAUGGAAUACCUGUUUUUUCAAGGGACAGAAGGGGGGAUUGACAGUGCUGCUUUAAUAUUAUGCUUACAUAUCCCCUAUAUAUUUAAAAAGUAUGAAGUAUAGGCCAGAGCUUUUUUGGCUUUGGCAGCCUUGAGUGCAUGGCACUGCACACUAAAAUGGACACUGUAGUCACUAAAAUCACUUUAGCUUAAUGAAGCAGUUAUGGUGUAUUCUUUUCCAUGUAGGAGUUAAAUCACUUUGUUUAUGUAGCCCUAGUCACACCUCCCUGCUUCUGACUUCCUUCAUAAGCACUUCCUGUAAAGAGAGAUCUAAUGUUUAAACUUCCUUUAUUGCAUUGUCUAUUUAAUCAAAAUUUUCUUAUCUCAUACACUGGUAAUAACUUAGACCCUGCAGAAGCACCCUGUGUGUGAUUACAGCUCAAUUUAUAGAGCGGGAGAUAAAAAUGUCUAAAGCAAGUUAAAAUCCAAUUGAAAAUUAAACCAUUUUUUUCAUGCAAGCGGUGUGAGUCACAGCCAGGUGAGGUGUGGAUGGAACUGCAGAGACAGAAACAAAAGUGAUCUAACUCCUAAAUGACAGAAAAUUGUGCAGUGACACUGUGGGGGCAUGAUAUAUACACCAAAACGCCUUAAUUAACCUAAAGUUGUUUCGAUGUAUAUAGUAUAACUUUAUAAAACAUGUAACAUAUGAUCGUGUAAACAUGUUUUAUAGCAAGGUUCCUACGUUCUCUGUUGUUCUCAUAAUAUCUCUUCGCUAAAUUACAGCUUUGCUUAGCUUCCUGAUGACAUGUACAACUUCUAUGCUAGGAGGGAGAGGCCUUUUAUAGAAUUGUAAGCAUAUGAACCAGCAGGAAGGAAGUCUUUUAGAAUGGUUGAAGUGGAACAGAGAGGCAGGGUUCAAUUUGUAAAAAAAAUAUUUAUUUAUUGUUUGUAAAACUAUUUACAAAAUGGGGUGUUUAAAAAUACAGUUUAAAGGACAAUGAAGUCGUUAUGGGAUUUUAACCGUAACUUUUUUUAACACUUUUUUUUAGCUAAAAAGGGUUAAAAAGUUAGUGAAUGGUUUAACUCCAAAGUCAUUGAUCUGGCACCCGUGAGCUCUGCCCUUUCACUUGUUCCAAUCUCAGGCUUCAAACAAGGAGCUUUGGGCCAGCUGCCACUCAUUAUGUUAGCUGACCUAACAGUAGCUCUCCAUUCACAAAAUGGGGUGAAACUGGUACUUAACUGUUUCACUGUGUUUUGUCAAUGGUGAGCUAAUGAUAUUCUCAGCAGGGCCUGGUCUGAGGCUGGAACAGACUUCUACUUAAAUUGACUAACCUCUGAGGGUAAGUCAGCACCUGAGAGCACCUCACACUAUAACUAAUUAAUUAAACUGAAGUGAAUGGUGUCCAGAGUUAUCCUUUGAUUAUUUAGAUAAAAAAACUACAAAACGAAUAAAUGUGGUGCUAGAGGUAUCAUUUAAUAUUAAUAAAAUAGUAUUUAAGGUGGAUGCCAGUGUUCAAAUAAGUUUAUUAUUCAAAAUGUUGCAAUAACCCUUGGAACAAGGUAAUUGUGUAUGAACACAAAUGCAUAGCAAUUGUACUUAGAAAACCAAACCAACAGAAUCAUGUUGCCUAAUAACUAUAGCUUAGAGGAGGGAAAUAUGGUUUUGCAUAAACUUUCAACCCACACUGAAUAGUCAUUAAGUCGAUUGUGCCAUGAACUUAUUCACUGCAUAAAGUGCAUGGUUUCAAUGUUUGCUUACUUUAUCUAAAGCUGAAAAUCAACUUUUUUAUUUAUUUAGUGCUGACUUCACUCACCCCCAUAUAGAACAAAAGCAUAUAAAACAGCAAAGAAUCAGAAUCACUUCCUGGUUUCGUUUCGAUCACAUGAUCCGCUUCCAGGUCCGCCCCCUGUUUUAUAUGCUUUUAUGCGGGUAGCUUUGUGAGCAUAUACCCACCACAUUCCAAGUAAGGGUUUUAACUUUUGUUAUUCAAUAAAUUGCUUUUGAUAUUAUUCAGUUGGAGGUCCUGCCCUUCUCUACCCUCUAUUUCAUACAGUGUCAUUGAGCUGUUAGUGGAUACACGGUGUGGGGUGAUUUUCAGUGUGGGGAUAUCCCUUCUCCAGAGGAGCUUUGAAAACCCAGAGCCAGGGGUGAUAGGGCUCUGGUACAUGUGAGUUAUUUCCCUUAUACUCCCCCAAUUUUUCUGUUGUGCUUCUUCAGAUAGUCUGCACUAUUAUUUGUCCUUCUUUAUAUUUACAGACCAAUUUAGUGUGCUUUUUUUUUGUUAACUAUCGAUUCUUGUGUACAUUUGUGUGUAUUACUGUUGUGAGUGCUGCCAUAUUGUCUGUAUGACAUCCCAUAGCGCUUACACAAUACUGGUUCUUUCUUUGAACCUCUAGUGGCUGUCUACCAGUCAGCCGUUAGAGAUGCUUCUGGGAGUUUACCAUACUUUUGUUCGCCUUAAUGACACUGGACAUCUUCAUGCUGUGCAUGUGCCCCUGUCGGAGAAGGAGGAGCGCCGAAUCAGCGCUGAGGGAGAUCGGGAAAGUAAACAAAGGUGUGUAUUGUUGUUUCUUUUUAUUUUAUUAUUAUAUAAUGGGGGUGGGGUUGCAAAGGAAGGCAGGGGCAAGAGGGCUCACUAGUGUUAGGAACACAAAUCUGUAUUUUAAAACACUGUAUAUAACAAAAUGUGUAUUUAAGAUGGAUACCAGUGUUUAAGUAACAUUCUGUUAUCCAAUCUUUGUAGAAGUUGUGGGGAUCAAAAACCCAUGGAACAAUGUAAUGUAUGAAUAUAAAAGUAAGUGUUAUUUCCUAGAAUCCAAUCACAAAAGGAAACACAUGCAUAGGAAUUGUACCCCCCAAAAAUGAUUGAAUCAUGUUGCCUAACAACUAUUGCUAGGACUAGAAGCAGGGAUAGGCAACCUUCGACACUCCAUAUGUUAUGGACUACUUCCCCCAUACUGCUCUUACACCCAUAAUGCUGGCAAAGCAUCAUGGGAGGUGUAGUCCAAAACAUCUGGGGUGCCAAAGGUUGCCUAUGCCUGGACUAGAGGAAUGGAACAUGCCUCUCCAUAAAACUUUAACCUAAAUUGAAUAGUUAGUUAUUAAGUAGAUUGUGUCAUGAACUUAUUAACUGUAUAAAGUCCAUGGUUUCAAUGUUUGUUGAAGCUAUCUAAAGAUUAGAAAUUGGAAAUCAAAUCUUUUUAUUUAGUGCUGUCUUCACUUUUCUCACUAUUUCACAACGGUACUGAUACUGUAUGUGGACAUUCACGUUGUUCCUAAGACUAUUAACACACUGCCGUACAUUUUACAGUCAAUAGCAGAAAUGUUUGUAUAAGUCUCGUUAAUUUGAAUUUAGUUUUUUUAGACAUACAAAAAACAUUACUAUUAAAUAUUUAAAAAAAACAAAAUCCAGCACAUUCACAAUUUAUCAUUCGAUAAGAUGAGCUUACUUUCCCUUAUGGACAAGCUAAUGUUUGGAAAAAUGGAAUGAUGUGAGGAAUUUCAAACAUCUCCUACGUACCACAUCUUGUCUCAUCAAUCACUGCUGAAGGAAACAUGAAUUUUUUUCACGUUGCUCAAUAGAUUUCUACUUUGUCUAUUAACACUUGCAAAAGAUAUCUAUGGAGCAUCCUGCAAAACGUAUGCCAUAAACCCAUCCAAGAUCUGUUGGAGAUCCUCCAUUAUGUACUCUCAAGAAGGGGGGGUUUCUGUAAGUUUGCUGAAGGGAAGUGUAAGAUAAGUAUAUCUACAUCCUGUGCUGGGUGCCGUCAUGCAAACCGACAUCACCUCACAAGUGACCAUGCUGCAACAUUUUUUUCUGUUAUAUUAAACUAACAGUAACUAGAUUUUUACAAGAUAAAAUUAUAUUAAUUAUGUAAAAAAAUAUAUAAAUAAUGAAGAAUCAGUAUUGUAAUUCUGUUUAUAGGAAAAGGGGGCAUGUCACACACACCUUCCAACAUUUCAAAUGGACAAAUGAACAAUUUAAAGCAACACGAUAGGGUCAGAAACACAAACCCUAUAGUGUUAACACCACCAUCUAGCCCCCUUUUUCUCAUAAAAAGCAGUGUUUACUGCAGAAAGCCUGGAGGGACUGAUUAUACUCACCAGAAUACAUACAAUAAGCUGUAGUUGUUCUGGUGACUAUAGUGUCCCUUUCAAUUUUGAGGUAUAAGAGGCCAGGGCCGGGGUUGUUCUGAGACAUUUCAGCUGACUUACUGAUAACCAUUUAUAACUAAAAUGCAAUUUAGAACAAGAACAGUAUAUCCUUUGUACACAGACUGAUUUCUAAACACCGUUAUUGUAGUUUAUAGAGCUGAGGGGCUCUGUUAUACACUUAGACACACCAACAACAUGGAGUUCCUAUUAAAAAACAAAAAACAAAAAAAAAAACAUAAGGAUAGAAAAGAGAGACAGAAGGAUUUAGGAACUGCCCCUCCUAAAUAGCAACACUUGGGACAUAUGGUUAAUUUGCUGUUUAUUUGUCCUAAACAAAUUAAUAGUUGUUUGAUUCCUUUUCAAAGAUCUGUUUACUUUCAACUUCAGAAUGACACUCCUGCAAUAGUUGAGCAUUGAUGACUAAUUCCGGUACGACAAAUGUUUGUGAACAGUAUUCUGAAGGGGUGAUUGAGUUCCAUGGGAAAUGUAUUUUACAAACAUGUUUCCUGUCCAGUUUAGUUAUCACAUCUCUAGGAUGUUUGAUGUCAUGCUUCUAUUUUUAGAAUAAUUGUUUUUAUUCUGCCAUAUGUUCCACAAAAGGUCUUCUAUAAAGUCUUGCGGUGAAUCCAAUUGGGUUCAUUAAUGACUCUCUAGAGCUAUAUGCCAUUUGGUCUAUGUUUCAGUAGAGAUGUAAUUCCCAAAUGAGCAUGGCAAUCAGUGUACAAUGAUGAUAUUUCCAUGGUACUGGGUGACACCAUGGCAACAUAAUGUUGCAGUUUAAAACUCCCUGGUUCCCUAUGACUAAUGCUUCAUUUCUUUUCCUAGAGAGCAGGAACACCUUAUCAGGUAUUUAGAUAUAAUGCCAUUGUGUGUGUAUAUAUGUAUAGAUUGUUGCUCUACUUUAUGGAUAUUCAUUCAUUUUCUAGUUAAUACACAUGUAUUAAUGCCAGAGACUGUUUUUAUACUGACAGUUCUAGAAAAUGAAUUAUUAUUAUUAUUAUUAUUAUGUUUAAUUGCUGUCUACCUAUUAACCUACUAGCAGGUAUAGAUUUAAACUAUGAUCAGUCAUAAUCCUACCAAGUGAUAGCAGGGUUAAUAUAUUGAAUUGGUAAGAGAGGAUUGUUUUAGCUUUACUUCUGAAGAUAAUUGUUGUUUUGAAUUAGAAGCACUUCAAUCAGUUAGAAUAUAUGUGUACAUAAGGGACAUUACAGCUAUUGUGCCAUGUUUAAGCAAACUACCCUGCAGGAAAUCAAAAGGAUUUGCAGCAUAGAAAGUCAUGCAUUUAAUACAAAAGUAGAAAUGGCUCUAAAAACUUACUGUUAAAGGUUUACUCAAAGCAUCAUAACCACUACAACCCACUGUAGUGGCUAUGAUGCCACGAGAACCUAGGUACUGUUCCUCAGUAAUGGGUCAAAUGUUUGCAAUGGCUUGCCCUCUUACUUAGGUCACCUACAGGCUCCUGGUCUCUUCUGGUGCAGAGUGAAUGCUCUCAGCCAAACAGUGUCAUUCUAUGCCUAGAGAUAUGCACAUAAAUGACAUUAGCCAAGCCAGCACUCUUGUUUCAGGCCUAUGAUGACACAAUGACCCAGCUUGAGGUAGUUAUAUCUCCAGCAGCAACCUUGUAUUUGCAGUGUUUCAUAGCAAAAUGCUGCAUAUCCAGACUCCAUGCACCAUGACCACUUCAAAUCUCUGAAGUGGUCAUGGUACUUGGAGUAACCCUUUAAUCCCUACAUUCGGAGGCCAAAAAACAGAGGAUUUCUAAUUUGCAUACAACAUUAGAAAGAUGUGCACAAUAGUACCAACUAUUAAUUUCACUUGCAUUGUGCUGGAAACCACUCUUACUCGCAUCUCCAAGACAAGACUUCAUCUCCCAUUCAUAUGGAGCACUUGAGUCACAACCAUAAUUUGAGAAGAUAUUUUGAUAACAACGUUAAACAUCAACACUCUAACCUAAAAAAAAAAAUUAUAAAAUGUUUUGAAUUCUGAAAUACUUUUAAAGUUUCCCUCUAAAUAGGAUCCCUAUUUGUUUUCUCCUUUUUUUGAAAGUGAUCAUUUCUAAAUCUUUCUCUUCGUUCUCUUGGUCUACCACCUUGUUCUUGGGCUUUCUUUGUAGAAGUAUGGCGUUUACAGGAAAUACAAUAUUUGCAAUAUAUGGAAGCUUCCCUAUCCUCUCCCUGCUACCUAUUUGAUUAUAAUCUUUGAGAGCCUAUUUGAUUAUAAUCUAACAAUGGAACAUUAUUAUCUAUCCCUGUACCCUGACCGACUUCUCUCAGCUCACAGCAUAUCCCUGUCUCUUGCUCGGAUAAAUUGGACUGGUGCAUAUGGUGUUGCCAAGAUCCUUGAAAUAACAAUCUUUCAAUCUUUCUUAUUCUGAAAGCUUAUCUGCCACCAUUCCUUCUGCCAAAGAGUAAGCUUUUGAAAAGUUUUUAGUUCUUUUAUAUAUACUUCUGUGUUUGUUCUAAACCCCUAAACUCCUCAGAAAACAAGCUUACUGCAAGGGUUGCCUUGGCGGGAAGAAGCAACAUUAGACAAAUUAUCCUUCUCCACCUCUCACUUAUUUGUCUACCACCCCGGGGCUAGUGAAAGACCCUAUCACUGUGGAUUGCCUUACUGCCUUUUUAAACAACCCCACAAAUUAUAUUUGGGACCCCUGACAAGCUGAUACUUUACUGCCUAGCUUAUUUGAUUGUAUGGUCUUGGGUAACAUAUAUCACUGAAAUAGUAUGGAAAAGUAUUAUGUAAUGUCCUGAAUGUUUACAACAAUCUGUCUCUCUCAAUAAACACAUACACCUACUAAUUACCCUUGGACUUCAUAAGGGGUUAUUCUAUAGAAAAUCAACAUUAUGAACUAGAAACACUUCGGAUCACAAAAUUGACAAUAUACAUUGAUAUGGAUCAGAAUACAUCUGUCCAUAAGUAGAUUCAACACAAUUCAGUCAUUUGUUAGCCCCAUUCUUUUCCAUCAGUCCUUGGUAGUAAAUGAUUGAAUGAUUUAUUUAUAGAAAUUACAAGAGCUGAUCUUGUUCCCAACUAAUAAUGGCCAAUUAUUUAUCUGCCACAGUCUUUUGAGCAAUACUAAUUAUGUAGCCUUUUUCUAUUCGUAGAAGUACCUACAAUAAUUAAGAUGUCUGUAGGGUAAUAUGUAUUUAUCUGAUUCAAGCUUUAUAAACCAGAAGCACAUGUUUAGAAUUACAUUUCUGACAACAUGUAUUGCAACAGCAACAAAUCAUUUCCUUUACAGAUAAUAGCUAGUUACAGUCUGUUAGAUAUUUAUUGCAAGUCAUACCUGGCUAAUCAAUAACCAAGUCAUGUGAAAAAUGUUACCAGUUUAUCUCACCCUGCCUAUUUUCUUGUAGAUUGUACUAAUACAACGUCCGGCAGGAUUAUCAAAAAUAGUAUAUGACUAUACAUCUGUAAAAACUGAGAUAUGUAUCCUUUGAACCCUGGUGUUCCAGCAGUUAUUAACUAAGUCAGGGUUAUUCACUAAUGUGACAAUUCAUGAUUUUGACAUUUAAAGGAAAACUAUAGCAUUAGGAAUAUAAACCUGUAUUCCUAAUGCAAUGGUGUCCUUGUCCUUUUCUAUAGUAGUGCCCCAACCCAUAUUAGACAAAAUAUGAAUAAGUAAAAGUUUUACUUUUCUUUUUCCCAGCACCUAGGCUCACUCAGCACUGCUAAUCUCUCUGCCUUAUGUCAUGUCAAAGAGGAGGCAUGGUCUAUGGUCUGUGCGGUGAUCCAGUCCAAUACUCCUCAUAGAGGGGCACUGGGACCUGAUGUGCAUGUGCAGUUACCGCUGCACACACAUCCAAUCAUCCCUCCAGGAAAAGACUAAAGCGAAUUUCCAAUGAGGUUACGCGUGACGUGUAUCAGCAUCAUUGAGAUGAACUGGUCUGGCUGACUUUAGUGUCCCUUUAAGGUCAAAAUAGCAGAACUGGAAAAUUUCUCUAAGUCAGCUAUGUGUCCAGGUUACGUUUGCCCUAAAUUGGAAAUUCCCCUUGAAUUCCCGACUAAUUCUCACUUUGCUGAAUAGGAAUGAGAGACUUACCCAGAAUUAAAGUUCUUGUGGUGUCCAAAAAAACUAAUCAAAGUAAAAUAUAUACAUUAUCCCUAAAUCUAAUAUAUAUGUACUUGUGAGGUGUAAAAAUUAGAAUGAAAUGUAAAAACCCACACCUUUUUUAUUCGUUAACAUCUGAGAAAAUGUUAAGUAGUCAGUCCCCCAAUCGUCAUUAUACUCUCUAUCUUGUGCACCUUUCAAUCAGCACAAAGAAGAGGAGAACUGAAACAAUGGGGGCAUUGUAUAAAAGUGGUCUCUUCUAAAAACUGGUUUAGAAAAAAAGUGGAAGAAGUCACUGAUAGCAUGUGCACUGGUUUCCAUGGCAAUUGCCCUACUUUUAGUACUCAAACUACUAUUUAUUUUAGCCAUUUAUCUAUUGUAUUGUAUAAGAUGGCUAUUCAUACAAGUCAGGUAUUUGUGGAUAUACCUCGUGUUUCCACCAAAUACAAUAUAUAUAUCUGUUGCAGAUACUUUCUUUCUUUCUAUUUUAUUUUGUCUGAAACACGUUACUGAAACAGUUUAGUGAAUUGAAUGAAUUAUAGGCAUAAUUUGCAAUGGAAAUAAGUUAAGACGCCGUUAUGUACUCUCACCCUUACCAUACAAGUGCAAGGCAAGUGGUUCAAAGGCAAAUAGUUAUUACACAACUUUGUUUUAGUUGUGAAAUAGUCAAACGGCAUCUGUCAUUUUGUCAAUUCUGCCCUUUGUAUUUAGUUACAGUUUCAGAUUAAAUGUAUUAAUGUUGUUUGAACUUGAUUACAAAACACCUGAUUAACAUGAUAGAUACAAAACAUGUAUGAUUCCCCUUAGAACAAGAGGCUGUGAUAAUUGUUAUUAAAAGAGAAAAUACCCAAGGGAAAUGUACAGGUGAUACUCGAAAAAUUUGAAUAUCGUGCAAAAGUUCAUUUAUUUCAGUAAUGCAAUGUAAAAGGGGAAACUAAUAUAUGAGAUAGACACAUUUCAUGCAAAGCAAGAUAGUUCAAGCCGUGAUUUGUCAUAAGUGCGAUGAUUAUGGCUUACAGCUCAUGAAAACCCCAAAUCCACAAUCUCAGUAAAUUAGAAUAUUACAUGCAAUCAAUAAAACAAGGAGUGUACAUAGAUCAAUAUCGGACCUCUGAAAGGUAUAAGCAUGCAUAUGGACUCAGUACUUGGUUUGGGCCCCUUUUGCAGUAAUUACUUCCUCAAUGCGGCAUGGCAUGGAAGCUAUCAACCACUGCUGAGGUGUUAUGGAAGACCAGGAUGCUUCAAUAGUGGCCUUCAGCUCUUCUGCAUUGUUCGGUCUCAUGUCUCUCAUCUUUCUCUUGGCAAUGCCCCAUAGAUUCUCUAUGGGGUUCAGUUCAGGCGAGUUUGCUGGCCAAUCAAGCACAGUAAUCCCACAGUCAUUGAACCAGGCUUUGGUGCUUUUGGCAGUGUGGGCAGGUGCCAAGUCCUGCUGGAAAAUGAAGUCAGCAUCCCCAUAAAGCUCGUCUGCGGAAGGAAGCAUGAAGUGCUCCAAAAUCUCCUGGUAGAUGGCUGCAUUGACGCUGGACUUAAUGAAGCACAGUGGACCAACACCAGCAGAUGACAUGGCUCCCCAAAUCAACACAGACUGUGGAAACUUCACACUGGACUUCAAGCAUCUUGCAGUGUGUGCCUCUCCAUUCUCCCUCCAGACUCUGGGUCCUUGGUUUCCAAAUGAGAUGCAAAAGUUGCUCUCAUCAGAAAAGAGGACUUUGGACCACUGAGCAACAGACCAGGUCUGUUUUUUAUUAGCCCAGGUAAGACACUUCUGACAUUGUUUGUUGUUCAGGAGCGGCUUGACAAGAGGAAUGCGACAUCUGAAGCCCAUGUCCAGGAUCCAUCUGUUGGUGGUGGCUCUUGAUGCACUGACUCAAGCCUCAGUCCACUCCUUGUGAAAGUCCCCAACACUUUUGAAUGGUCUUUUCCUGACAAUCCUCUCCAGACUGCGGUCAUCCCUGCUGCUUGUGCACCUUUUUCUUCCACACUUUUCCCUUCCACAUAACUUUCCAUUAAUGUGCUUUGAUACAGCACUUUGGGAACAUCCAACUUCCUUCACAAUUACCUUUUUGAGGCUUUCCCUCCUUAUGGAGGGUGUCAAUGAUGGUUUUCUGCACAACUGUCAGGUCAGCAGUCUUCCCCAUGAUAGUGAUUCCUACUGAACCAGACUGAGAGACAAUUUAACCCCUUAAGGAGAGAGCCAAAUGUACACGUUGUGAACGAAACAAAAUGUAAACAAAACCUGGCAUUUGCGCUACAUGUCUGUCCAACCGUAAUUCAACUCUUUCAUAGUAAAUACACCCACCCUUAUUAUAUAUCAUUUUAUUCAGGGGAAACAGGGCUUUCAUUUAAUAUCAAAUAUUUAGCUAUGAAACAUAAUUUAAUAUGAAAAAAAUGGGAGAAAAUAAGAUUUAUUUUUAUUUUUUUAGUUCUACAUGACAUUUUAACUGUCAAUGUCAUAAUACUGUUUGCUUUUACUGCAAUAAAAUACACAUAUUUGUAUUCAGCAAAGUCUCACGUGUAAAACAGUACCCCCUAUGUACAGGUUUUAUGGCGUUUUGGGAAGUUACAGGGUCAAAUAUAGCACGUUACAUUUGAAAUUGAAAUUCGCCAGAUUGGUUACGUUGCCUUUGGGACUUUAUAGUAGCCCAGGAAUGAAAUUUACACCCACAAUGGCAUACCAUUUUCAAUAGUAGACAACUCAAGGUAUUGCAAAUGGGGUAUGUCCAAUCUUUUUUAGUAGCCAUUUGGUCACAAACACUGGCCAAAGCUAGCGUUAGUAUUUGUUUGUGUGAAAAAUGCAAACAACGCCAAUUUUGGCCAGUGUUUGAGACUAAGUGGCUACUAAAAAAGACUGGACAUACCCCGUUUGCAAUACCUUGGGUUGUCUACUAUUGAAAUGGUAUGCCAUCAUAGGGGUAAUUUUCAUUCUUGGGCUACCAUAGGGUCUCAAAGGCAACGUAACCAAUCUGGCAAAUUUUAAUGUGAAAAAAAUGAAACGCAAGCCUUAUAUUUGACACUGUAACUUUUGAAAACACCAUAAAACCUGUACAUGAGGGGUACUGUUGUACUCGGGAGACUUCGCUGAACACAAAUAUGUGUUUCAAAACAGUAAAAAGUAUCACAGCAAUAAUAUCGUCCGUGUAACUGCUGUUUGUGCAUGAAAAAUGCAAAAAACGUCACUUUUACUGGCGAUAUCAUCGUUGUAAUACAUUUUACUGUUUUGAAACACUAAUAUUUGUGUUCAGCGAAGUCUCCCGAGUAGAACAGUACCCCCCAUGUACAGGUUUUAUGGUGUCUUGGAAAGUUAUAGGGUUAAAUAUAGUGCUAGCAAAUUAAAUUCCCUUUACUUUCGGCAUGGGUUGUCAGGCAGGUCCCGCUAAUUCUAAUUAAUUAAGAUACCUAAUUAUGUAAAAAUAUUACAUAAAUAUAUAUGUAGAAUUUAUGUAUGUAUGUGUGUGUAUAUGUGUGUGUGUGUAUGUAUGUAUGUAUAUAUGUGUAUAUAUAUAUAUAUAUAAUUUUUUUUUAUUUUUAUUUUUUUUAUUUUUUGUUUAAAUAUAUUUUUUUUAUAUAUAGGUGUGUGUGUGUGUGUGUGUGUGUGUGUGUGUAUAUGUAUAUAUAUAUAUAUAUGUAUAUAUAUAUAUAUAUAUAUAUAUAUAGUGAUAUAUACGUAUAUAUUUAUGUAUGUAGAUAUAUAUUAUUUUGUUCUACGUGUAUUUUGAUAUAUAUAUAUAUUAAUAUCACAAUACAGUUACAACGAAAUAACACACAUCUAUAUAUUUUUAAUUUAUUUUUUAUUUUCUAAUUUUAUUUUUUAACGUAUUUACAUAUUUUAUUCUUUUAUAUUAUAUAUAAAUAUAUAUAACAAUAAUUAUAUAUAUAUAUAUAUAUAUAUAUAUAUUUAAUCAGUAUCAGUCUACGUGUAAUUUGAUAUUUAUAUAUAUAUAUAUAUAUAUAUAUAUAUAUAUAUAUAUAAUAUUAAUAGUAAAAUACACCUAGACAGUGUAUGUGUGUGUAUGUAUAUGUGUAUAUAUAUAUAAUAUAUAUGAUCUAAGUAUAUAUAUAUUUUUUUUUACACUUAAUUAAUUUAUUUUAAUUUUAUUUCCAGCCAGCAGGGGGACCACCUGUCAUUACAGGCAGCCCCCCUGCUGGCAAUGCAGGAGGCAGCUAUCCCGGCCAUGUGAUUGUGGGGUCCUCGCAAGGACCUCACUCUCACAUGGCCGGGGGCACCGGAGGAGGAGGAGGAUCUGCCGCGGGGGGGCUCCCUGGGAGUCCCCCCCACCGUGAUCGCCGGCAUGGGACCGCCGGCAACCGGGUAAGUAAAGAAAGACCGGAGGGCGUACAAUUACGCCCGGCGGCGUUUAGAGCCGUCUAAAAUAGGGUGUAAUUGUACGCCCUCCUGUCUUAAGGGGUUAAAGGCGCAGAAACCCUUUGCAGGUGUUAUGGCUUACUUAGCUGAUUAGAGUGGGACACUGUGAGCCUAGAAUAUUGCACCUUUUCACAAUAUUCUAAUUUACUGAGAUUGUGGAUUUGGGGUUUUCAUGAGCUGUAAGCCAUAAUCAUCGAACUUAUGACAAAUCACGGCCUGAACUAUCUUGCUUUGCAUGUAAUGCGUCUCUAUCUCAUAUAUUGGUUUCCCCUUUUACGUUGCAUUACUGAAAUAAAUAAACUUUUGCACGAUACUCUAAUUUUUCGAGUAUCACCUGUAUAGUCCUAGUAGAAUUCAAAUCAAUUGCCAUGAUUAUUAUAAUUACUAGGAUUUAUAAAGUGCCAACACAUUCCGCAGCGCUGUACAAUUGGAUGAAAAAAAAAGUACAAUAUACACAGAAGGUGCUGCCCGUGAGCUGAGAUCUAGUCAUUACAGCUCUUUUAUACAAAGUGCCUCGUUAGAUAGCCCAUGAGCUUGCAAUCUAAAUUUUACAACACUAUGGAAUUUGCUGGUGCUUAAUAAAUAAUCGAAUAAUAAAUGUAUCUCAUGAUUGGUUUACGAUACAUGACCUAACGUUGGGUGAGUCUCACUCACCAACAGUGGCUUUUCCAAUAAGACGUUAAGUAAUCAGUCCAUACAAGCGAUUUAGUGUAAUCAAUUAAACCUGUGGAUAGCUGAGAAAUUAGUCAUCACUUCUACAUCAAAAUCAUUGUUGUAUACUUGGUCGUAUUGUUUAUAAGAAUUAGCUGCCUACUUUAUUGAAGUGAAAAUAUUUUUUUAAAUUCUUUAUAUUUUUCAAAAAUGUUAUAACAGAGCAACAUAAAAAUACAACAAUGUGGGUAGACGCAAGAUGCAAUUAUUGUACAUUGGUCAUCAUUGAAAAACAUAGAACAGGAGUCUGUGUAUAUAGGUGUAUGUAUAUGUGUAUAUAUAUAUAUAUAUAUAUAUAUAUAUAUAUAUACUUUACAGAGUAACAUACCUUUUAUCAGUUAUGUAGUAUCAAUAUUUGCAUUUUUUUUUUAACAGUGGAUAUUUUAAUGAAUUAAAUUGCAUAUUGUCGAAGUUACAUACUUGUAUAUACAUAGAUCUACUUGGUGUGAUUAUUCAUGGGACAUUUUAUCACUUUCUGUUGCUUAUUUCUGCUGCAAAUUUGCUCGGACUACGUUUAGUGUAAAUGAGAUGGUAAUCUAAUCUGUUUUUAGAGUUUGUUGCAUUCAGUCUAUUGUUACUAUUUUGCAUAUACAUUUGGCUUAUAAUAUCAUGCCGCUCAACAUUGGGAAAGCAGGCAGAAAGUGAUGUUACUUGCCUUGCUAGCAAAAAAAAAAAAAUGGCACAUAAAAAUGCCUAUUAGUGUACUGCAAAAUAUAUAAACAUGAUACAUACAUAGUUUUUUUUUUUUUUGUAAUACUAAUGAAGUAAAUGUCAAUGUCAACAGAUAUAUUACUUUAAAAAAUAUGAUAUUAUCUUGUUCCACAUCUAUUGUUUAAAGAUGCCCUUUUAAAAUGAAUGUACAUGACAAUUCUGUUACUUAUUUUCAGAAAACAACCAUGCCGACAUAUAAGCUGACAUAUUUUAACUUCAAAGGAAGAGCUGAGCUUAUCCGUUACAUCUUUGCCUAUAAGAACACGGAGUAUGAGGAUGUGAGGAUUGAAUUUUCAGAAUGGCCUGCACUAAAACCCUGUAAGUAUUCAAAUGAGUUUAUUGCAAUAUUAAUUGACUGAAGCUUAUUCAAAUAGUGUCGCAUUAGUAAAACAAAUGAAAUGGUUAAUAUAGUAUAUUAGCAGAUGGUGUAAAUGUAGUCUUAAAUUACCAGGCACACUAACCUCAGGAGCUGUAAGGCAAGAAUUUAAGAAAUUUUGUUUGAGGCCCGAUGUUUGCAAUAACCUAGGAUCCUAGAUUUUCUAUAGGAGAAAAUGCAUGACUGUAUAUCUGACUCUGUAGUAAAUAUUUAAUGGAUUUCAUGGUAAUAAGAUAAAACGAGCAUCUCCAGUCUAAAAUGGAUGUACAACAUCUAAACCAGACUGGGUGUCAGGAAUGAUGCACAACUUAUCUGCAAAAUCCACUUGAAAAUUAUUGACAGGUUUUGGUCAGUAUUGUUAUUAAAUUUUGACUGGAUGUUAUGCCAGCUGAAAUUCUACCUGCAGAACCCAAUAAACAGGUCCGCUGCUUUGUGGAAAAGAAAAUAUUGGUGAACAGUGGGGGCUAUUAUUUAACCAGGAGGAACUACUGUCCCCCUGGAAGUGGGUGGGGUAUAGGGGAACUCUAGAUCCCUCCAGGCUGUUAAAUAGACCUGCAUCAAUUUGAGACAAUGGUCUCAUUCAAAAGCUUUAGCUUUGCAUGAGACUGUUGCCUCACUCUGCAGGCUGAACAUAUGAUUUCUUCAUACUUACCUGCUUUUUCAUUCUCAUGCAUUCCACAACUACCCUAGUGUGACUACUUACUUGUUAUUAGCAAACUGGGCAGCAACAUCUGCCCAGUUCCUAGCAUUUUACAAGCUGCUGGCUGCUCGCAGUUUAGCCAAAAUGCAUCCACUCUUGGCAUAGCAAAUGUGGGCAUGGGGAGGUUUAAAAACUCUCUUCUACUAAUAUGAGGGAAAUGUUAUAGUAAUCUAGCAAGUUUUCAAGGCCAAUUAUAGAGGAUUAUUUCCUCAAUACAUGGGAUUGAAUCGCCAAAUUUCAUAUUUUCUAUGCUAAGUGAAUGUAUGCUGCUAAAUUGGUCAGCAGCAAUGCAAUUGAAGCCUAUAACAGAAAUCUCUCUUUUAUAGGCACAAAAAUUCACAAUACCACAUUCACCCAAUGCUGGUUUUAUGGAUAAAAAGCUGAUUGUCUUAUUAUGAGUAUAUCCAAGUGUAGAAAUCAUUGCUCCAUUGACACAACCUUGUGCACAUGUGCCUCUAAAGUAAUAAGAUGCUCGUAAUUGGGCUGAACUCUGUCCUUCCACUUUGUGCUAGAAGACAAUAUGAGUAAGGAUGAGCACCACCCAUAUAAACUGAUGUCCUUCGAGGAUAUGGAGUAUAGGGAAUGAUUAUUUACUGCCCUUAUUAUUGUAUUUGUUUUCUCAUGUUUUAGGCUAUUAAUGAACAUGUAAUUGAGAAAGGUACUGACAAAUACUGUGGUAUUAAGAAAUGGAGUUGCUACUCUGGGAGUAAUACAUUAACUGUAUGGUACAGAAAGUGUUUAUUUAACCUACUAGAUGAAACAUUAAGGCUCAUAGACAAAAAAAAAAAAUAGAAUGAUACAAAGGAAAAGGUCUUCAAAAAAUAUACACUGAUCAGCCACAACAUUUAACCCGUCUGCUUAAAGAGAUUCUCCAGUGCAAGCAAAACAAACCCAUUUUCAUGGCACUGUAGAAUCCUGGAGUACCCACCUCUCUACUGCUUCCCAUUCCUCAGCGCUGGGUCAUGCUCCUCCUACGCCUACGCAUUAGACCUCCCCAUAGGAAAGCAUUAUUCAAUGCUUUUCUUAUGGUGAUUUUGGUGUCGCUGGAAGUUCUCGUGCAGAGUGUGAGGACGUGCAAUGUCAUUUAGACGACUAAAAGUCGUCUGAGAACCCUGAAGUCCCUCUAGUGGCUGUCUGGUAGACAGCCACUAGAGGAGGACUUAAGCAUUAUCCAUUUGUGAAUUUUACACUCGUGGUUUAUUCAUAUACACAGUUAUACGCAAUGUUCUUUUGUUUAUCAUUGAUUUAGCAGAUCAUCCCCUAUUUUCUUGUAUAUAUUUCAUUGAAGACAAGAGGAGGUCUUCGGGGAAGUUCUACCCUGUCCAGGGAGGUUCUUUUCUGCUUACAUUUUAUUGAGCACCUAUUGCACUGUGGUUUGUGUACACAUAAAUUUGUCUUUUUGCACCUUAAGCAUUAUCCUGCUGAAAGAGGGCAUUGCCAUGAAGGUGCAUGUAGCCUGCAACCUAGUAUGUGUCAAAGUAACAUCCACAUGAAUUCCAGGACAGAUGAUUUCCCAGUAGAUCAUUGCUUCUGGCCUACCUUCUACCCAAGAUACAUCCUGCGGCCAUCUCUUCCCUAGGUAAACCACACACACGGCCAUCUACCUGAUCUGAAAGAAAUUGUGAUUCUUCAGACCAGGAAAUCUUUUUCCAUUGCUCAAUGGACCAGUUCUAAUGUCCACCAAAGGCACUUUUUUGGCAAUGGACAGGGGUCAUCAUGGGCACUCUGACCAGAGUGCAGCUAGACACCACCAUACGCAGUAAACUGCAGUGCACUGUGUAUUCUGACACCUUUACCUGCAUUUGUUUUUCAGCAAUUUCAGCUAAAGUAACCCCCCUGUGUGAUCGGACCACGCAGGCUAGCCUUUGCUCACCACAUGCAUCAAUGAGCCUUGGUCACCCAUGACAAAACCAAGAAGUAUACACACUAUACAGGAUGUGAAGAUCAGAUAUUAGGGAGAGCUCCCAGGUGUACCUCACUAACACCUAAUACACAUAUAAUUCAAAAACCAAGUGGAAAACACCUCCCAAAUACGUGAUAGUAUAAAAAUAUAUAUAAAUAACCUGAAAUAUAGGUCGUAUUUAUAAACGAAAUCUGUAUGAAAAAUAAAAGACUGACAUAGUAUAGUACAGUACUAAACAAGUGAGUGAUAUAUUGGUGGAAAUAAGUGCACUCACAAACAAAAUUGGAAUCAGGCUUCUCACCCUCCCAGGGGUAGCAAUCUUAUAAAAAGACGAUCCUCCGUGGAAUAUAUAAAAGAGUAAGAGGGUUAUAUAUAUAUAUUCAGGUUAUUUAUAUAUAUUUUUAUACUAUCACGUAUUUGGUCACCCAUGACCCUGAUGUUGGUUCACUAGUUGUCCUUCCUUGCACCAGAUUUGUUAGGUACUAACCACUGAAUACCGAGAGUAUCCCACAAAACUUGGAGAUACAAUGACCCAGUUGUCAAGCCAUCCCUAUUUGGCCCUUGUCACUCAGAUCUUUUUGCUUGCUCAUAUUUCCUGCUUGCAACACAUGAAAUUCACUGACUGUUCACUUGCUCCCAAAUAUAUCUCAUCCCUUGACAGGUGCCAGUGAUAUAAAAUAAAUGGUCUAAUGAUAUAAUAAAUGUUAUUCACUGUGUGUGUGUGUGUGUGCAUGCGUGCGUGCGCGCACACACACACUAUUUCUCAGCCCACAUAUUUUUCCUGCACAACAGACAUAUUUUCAUGUUAUUGUCAAGGCAGUUAUUUCUGAGUAUGAAACCAUAACUAAUAGGAGGGCAAAGGAACACUAUAGUGUUAAGAAUACAAAUUUGUGUUCCUACCACUAUGGUGCUGUGGUUACUGUUUUGGUACCGAGCCCCUGCUGCCAUGGUUGAAAAUGUAAUGUUUAUUUACCUUUCCACCCUCACAGCACUGGUCUCUGGCUUUACACAUUGAUCUCAGCCAAUUCAAUGCCUUCACAUUCUCAUAGGAAUACAUUGGGAGGCUAGUGCUCAUGUGUGCCAGAAUGGCAAGGUUUUCAGCUGCAAGGUUAAAACAGAAGGUACAUGGCACCCAGACCACUUUAUUGAGAUGGAGUGGUCUGGGUGCCCAUAGAAUCCUUUUAAAACUCAAUUUCACCCUAAAAAUGUAUGGAUAAAAGAAUACUGCUUGCUAUGUAGUUUCAUAGCCAGUUUGACUUGACAAACAUUGACCCUUUGUCUUGUCACUUGACUUUUUAACAGAUUAAAUUUGAGACACUGUUUCUAAUUUAAAAUACAUUUAUUUUUAGAUACAAAAAGCACACUGUAUUUCAGUUCACAUGACAUUUUCUCAUUUUUAUUAUCAAGAACAAUGGUCACAGAAGGUUGGGAGUUUUCUCAUUUGACUUACAUUCCUGUGAAAAAAGGCAGGCAAAUAUGUACACACUUUUCAGUAAUUUACUUGGUAGAUGUCAGAACAUGAUACUAAAUGUUUAAAAAAAUAACCAAACAUUCAUUUCAGAAUAAUUAAUCCAUUGAGUAUGGCAUUGCUACAGUUUAGUGGGGUAAAAGUGAUAAUGUUUGUGAAAUAAUUUUAAUUUGGAAAACUAUUUCUUCAUUUAUAGAUUUCUCACUGUUAUAAAGAUUAUUGUAAAAAUCAUAUCUGUAUAAACAAGAAGAAAUUGUGCAGAUGGCAGUAUUUUAGAAAUAAAACAAUAUAAGUCAAAAGUGAUAAUCUGAGUUUAACCUUCCUAAAUUAACUAAGACACAUAACAAUACAAUAAACAGUGAUUAGUGUAAACAAAAUAAAUAAUACAUUCUGGUCCAUCGAUAUACACUGAUCAGCCACAACAUAAAUUUUAUUGUUAAAAUGACACCAACCAAGGGGUGGGUUAUAUUAGGCAGUAAGGGAAGUCAUUUUCGAAUUUCAUGUGUGGGAAGCAGGAAAAAUGUGCAAGUGAAAAGAUCUGAGUGACUGACAAGGACCAAAUAGUGAUGGCUAGAUGACUGGGUCAGAGCAUCUCCAAAACAGCUUUUGUGGUGUGUUCCCAGUAUGAUGUGGUUAGUAACUGUCAAACAUGGUGCAAGGAAGGACAAUCGGUAAACCGGCAUCAGAGUUAUGUGCGCCUAAGGCUCAUUGAUACAUGUGGGGAGCGAAGGCUGGCCCGUCUUAUCCAAUCACACAGAAGAGCUACUGUAGCUCAAAUUGCUGAAAAACUAAUGCUGCCAUGAUAGAAAGAUGUCAGAACACAGCUUGCACCACAGUUUCCUGCGUGAAGGCUGUGUAGCUGCAGACCAUUCAGAGUGUCCAUGAUGACCCCUGUCUACCUGGCCUGGUCCGAUGACUCACAUUUUUCCUUUCGAUCAGGUGCAUGUGUAUAAUUUACCUGGGGAAGAAAUGGCAGCAGAAUGCACUAUGGGAAGAAGGCAGGCCAGUGGAGACAGUGUCAUGCUCUGGACAAUGUUCUGCUGGGAAACCAUGGGUCUUGGCAUUUAUGAGUGUGUUACUUUGACAACUACCUAGAAAUUGUUGCAGACCACGUAUACCCCUUUAUGGCAAUGGUAUUCCCUAACAGCAAUGAUCUCUUUCAGGAGGAUAAUGCACACUGCCAAAUGGUUCAAGAAUUGUUUGAGGAGCAUGACAAAGUUCAAGGUGUUGAUUUGGCCUCCAAAAUUUAAAGAUCUCAAUCUGAUUGAGCAUCUAUGGGAUGUGUGGAACAACAAAUCCGAUCCAUGGAGGCCACAUCUCACAGUUUGCAGGACUUAAAGGAUCAGCUGUUAAUGUCUUGAUGCCAGAUACACAGGACACGUUUAGAGGUCUUGUGGAGUCCAUUGCUCAAUGCAUCAAAGCUUCUUUAGCAGCAUGAUAUACAAAAGGUGCUGUGGGGAGAGAGAGACUUACAGAGGGUUCUUUGGGGAAGAGACAUACAAAAUGCAUCCUCACCUAUGUAGCCUGUGAGGAAUGGGAUAUGUAAAUAAUGUUAUUUCUGACAAGGAGCACUUUAGGGGACAGGAGAAAGAAUAUAUGUCCUGAGCAGCUUAUGUCCCUGCAGCCGCUCUACUAGCAGAAUCAACAGUUAUUUGCAAUGUCUGCAGUAAUGAACCUGUUCAAGGUUAAAAGUGUCACACAUAGGACUAAACGUGUUGCUCGUGGGAAGUGAAUGUGUAAUGUUUCUAACAGAUGUGCUGAAAUAGACUAAUGGACAUCAAUUUUAUUUAAAAAAAAAAAAGCUUUUAUAUCCACAAAGUUAGUGUUUUUAUCUACUAGAUGUUUACUUGCCUAUGACAUUGGUGAAAGAUAAAAAAAUAUGGUAAUUUAAAGAAUAUUUAGUGAAAUACCUUUUUAUGCAUGCAAUUGUUUACAAUUUGGACAGUACAGUAUUGGAAUGAAAUUUUAUCUCUGUAAGCUGACACCUACGGAGUAAUUAAUUUUCAUUGUUUCCAAUAUUGGCCUUUAAUUUGCAGUUUUCUCAAAGCUUGAUUCAUGCGCUAUAUUCAGGUUUUAAAUGUCUAUUUUAAAGCUUGUACAAUGUUCAAAAGCUCGUUUAACAUUUAAUUGGAGUGUGCACCCUCCCAUUUACAGCACUAAAAGUAGUAAACAAUUAAACUAGUACAAAAAAUAAUACAAGUACAAACAAAUCAAUUAAAUUCAACUUUAUUCUAGCUCUGAGGAUUUCCUCACUACAGCUUUGAUCAUCCCUCUAAAAAGUCAUCAUUACGGAUGACUUGCUUUCCAUCAGAUACUUCUAAUAAAGAAACAUUAGGACACUGACAAUACUUCAGCAAGCACUGAAAAAAAUACUUCUCAUAGAGAAGCACUCACUUCCACUUUGAACUUUAGUUCAAAGCAAGUGUAAGGAAACUUUGUUUUUUAGCGGUGAGGUUUUACUAAGAAUAUUUUAUUAAAGUGACACUUUCUCUUGAAAUUCUCCUAAUGAAAUAAGGUUGCAGUUAAAAUCUAAAGUACUUUAGCAAGCAGAAUUGCUCUAGGAGACUAAAGUGUUCCUUUAAGAGUAUCCAGUUUUGGCUACCCUUGACGUAGCUCAGUCAAUUCAGGAGGCCUUCUUCAGCCAUACUUGCCUUUACAAGAGAGUUCUUUACUAUUUGUUAUGAAGGGAAAUCUGAAGGAGAGUUAAGAAAAAUAAAGUAUAUAGAAUUUAAUUAAAAGGAUAUAAUGAUAAUAAAGAGUAGGGAUAUAAAAGGGAAAUAUCAAGGUCUUUAGAAAAUAAAACCCUAAAGGAAAUACUGAAACACCAAAAUAUUGAGAAAUCUGGGGAGGAUUUAUACCUUCUUUGCUUUCUACGUAAAUAAAUAGUUAGCCCGCUAUAGUGGUAAGUUGCCAGAAGUGCCCUGAUGCCCUCCAAUGGUACGUAGUCAAACAGUUUACAAGAAUUUUGACAACUUGUUGUCCACCAGGGCACCUCCUCCUGUGCUCCUGCCUUAAACUCAGUUUGGUGGUACAUAAACUCUUUCAACUAAUCUUGGUUUAUUGUUAUUUUCAAAUGUAAAGCAAAGACAGUCCUUGUGUAUAUAUAUAUAUAUUAAUAAAUAAUGAGGAGUCCUAGUGUAACUUCCUGAUAAAUGAGUGAUAUAUAUUUGGAAUAUUUCAGAAGCUGCUGUCAUAAUUUGUAAAACAACUUUUUUCCAACUGAUAAAUUAGAGAUCACAAAUAGAUAAAGAUUGCUAUCUUUCUAUACAGGAUCAAUCAAAUGUUAGAACUACAAGUUAUCUGAGUUGCCUUGUAGUACCAUUAUAACUAAGAGGUAUCCAGAACUUAAGGCUAAGGAUCAUGGGAAGAGUUGAUCAAAGACACCUGGAGUUAAAUCUUUUGGCAAUCCUGCAGGCUCAAAAGUAGUUUUUGUGGUUAUUAAGAAAAAGUCAGAAAAUUACACAAGGCUUUAACCAGUGAAAAUGCAAAGGUUACUUCAACCCUUUUUAAAAAUUGAUAUUUUAUAAUGCCCUAUUUGGCACUAGUAGUUUGUUCAACCCCCCUCAAAAGAAGAAUAUACUUACCUUGAAACUAGCGCUGGGCAAAUUUCUUCCACGCCCUAUCUGAUGUCAUGACCUAUCACUUCUUUCCUCUUGGUUGUCCAAUCAAAUGUGGCUCAUAGAGUUUGUGUUCUGAGUCCAAGAGGAGGAGAGGGAGGGAAUAGAAGGCAAACAAAGGAGGUAUGUAAUAUAAGAAAAAAAGGCAGUCAGAAUGCAGGAAAGGCUCAAAUAAGGGAGGGAGUCGGGAGAUCUCUCCUUCCGCUUGCAGGCACUGCUCCCAGUGCUGCCUGUAAGGGUAGAAGCGGAGUACUUUUGUCAUCCGAUGUAAUUUAUGUACAGAAUUAACAGACUUUCCAGGCUGCCUACGUCACGUUCGCAGGCUGAUGUAAGUAGCACCCGGCACAAAAUUGCAGAUAUCCCUGUAUGUGCUGCAUGUUAUGUUAAAGGACCACUAUAGUGCCAGGAAAACAUACUUGUUUUCCUGGCUCUAUAGGGUCCUUGGGUCCCCGUCCCCCCUGCCGGGCUCUAGUGGUAGGAAGGGGUUAAAAUCUUACCUUUUCUCCAGCGCCGGGCUCCCAUGGCGCUGGGGACUCUCCUCCUCCUUUCCCGUCAUCGCGCGCUCAUUCAGCCACUCUCAAUGCUUUCCUAUGGACGCUGGCGUCUUCUCACUGUGAAAAUCACAGUGAGAAGUGCGGAAGCGCCUCUAGCGGCUGUCAAUGAGACAGCCACUAGAAGCUGGAUUAACCUAUUUGUAAACAUAGCAGUUUGGGAUGAAGUGGUUUGGGUGCCUAUAGUGGUCCUUUAACUUACAUACUCCUUGCUCCAGGAUCACAUCUAAAAGCAGAAAUGGUUAUGGAGGUUGGAGUAAUCAUUUAUUGAUCUAAGAAAGGUUAAUUGAGCACUAUGUAUGCAUGCUAUUUUUGUCUCUAUGUAAUGAAUUAUUUUUAAAGAAUUGUUCGGAUAGUCUUGCAAUUCUUAGCUAAAUGGAUAUAUCUGUAUACCUUUUUAAUUUGGCAUUGCAGUAAUAAGACAAAAUAAUUUGGUCCUAUGAUAUAUCAUAUAUGGUACAUAUGAGAACAUGGAAUCGAGUUAGUACAAAGUAAGGAAGAAGUUUUUGAAAAUAAUAUAUAUAUAUAUUUUUUUUUUCUUUUUGCAGCUAUUCCAUAUGGACAACUACCGAUUUUAGAAAUUGAUGGAGUUGUUUAUCACCAAAGCAUUGCUAUAGCAAGAUACCUGGCAAAACAAGCAGGUAAUGUGUGGUAAAUCACAUUUGAAUGAAAAUUAUUAGCAAACCAUUUAUUUGAAGCAAGGGAUAUAGACCGUGUACAGCAUUCUUUAUCUUCCAAUAUUUUACACAGGUUCUGAAAUGUUGGUAUAGAAGAAACAAUUCUAUUUUCUCCUAUGUAGUAGUUGUGACACAAAUAGAUAAAUAAAAAUGGUCAAAUAACUUGCUUAUAUGCACGUGUGAAGACCCUGAAGACAUUACUAGCAGUGCAUCUUACUAAAAAGUCAAUGGAAUUGUGUAUCUGAAAUAAAGGUGUGGGGUGUGUGUUGUAAAGAACAGAUAACCUAUGGGCAGAGGAAAAAAGGAAGUCCAUAUAAAUCUGUAUGUACUAAAAAUUUACAUUUAUUGGGGUAUCUAAAAAUAAAGAAAAAAUGAUAAACAUAGGUAUAACAUAGUUACAAAGUCAUAUAUAUCAGGACAAAAAAGGAAUAGAAUAAAAUGAAUGAACCAUGUAAGUAUAGAGGGAUUAAACCAAUGAAAGCAGAUAAUUACAGAAAAGUAGAAUAUAUCUGCUGUAGCUUUAAAACAUUGCAUCCUCGCAUAUCAGCCAGUCCUAUAUUAUUAGGAACAGAAAGAAACAUUUAGCGUUUGUACUCACACCCCCACUAUGAUAACGUGGAUAGUUUUACUUAAAUAUCCAGUAGUGGAUGUGUCUCUGUGUAAAGAUUAUAUGCAAAGAUAAAUCUAUUUAUCUAGCUAAGUAGUCUCAUUCAAAAUAAACAAACAGAGGAAAUACUAGAUCCAAAAAAUUGUGUAAACCAGUUAGUCAGAUUUAUAGGGACUUCCUUUUGUCCUCAGGGCUUCUGCCCAUAGGCUCUGUUCUUUAGUUAUCUACAAUUUGAGGGUUACCCCCUUCGUUGUCCCUCACACACAUUCUAGAUCCCAUCAGAAGGCUAGUUGUUUAUAAAUAAAUAUAUAAAUAUAUAUAUAUAUAUAUAUAUAUAUAUAUAUAUACGUGUAGGUCUGUUUGUAAGUUAGUGUACCAGGACACUAAAGAGUGCUAACUAAAUUAAAGUGAUCAAUUGCAGGAUGCAAAGUACAAGCACAUAAUAUAUAGUCAAGUACACUUGUAUUUUUGAAUGGCAUCCUGGGAGAGUUGGCUAGAACAUUUGUUGAACAUGAGUAUGUGUCUAUCAACAUGAUGAUCUGUACUAUCACCUGUAUAUGCUAAUUUUAUCAUUGCAUUCCAUCUAUUAUAGAAGUGAAUGAUUUUCUGAUGGCAAUUUAAUUAUCUGGAAUUAAGCAGUCAUUCCAUUUAAGCAAACUAAUAUAUACCUAUAGACCACCCAAGUGCAGCAAUAUAUAAUAAAAUAAAGGUAAUUAAUUCCCUUAUAUCUUAGGUACUAAUACAAAUGUGAGAUACAAGAUAAACCUAAAAUAAAAACAGAGACAAAGAAACACUCAUAGGGCAACACCAUAAGGCAAAAUGGACCCCCUAAUAAUAAUAAUGCACUCACAGGAUAUACGAAUUCCUCAAGCCCAUCAAUAUCUCUUUAAAUUUUCUGCAGUAGAUAUUCUCAGUAUCCAAGGGUGCAUGCAAAAAGAGAAAAACUGGACAUAGCACAGCAGUGCUUCAAAGUAUAAAAUGACACGCUUUAAUUAAAUCCACUUACAAGAAGUAAGAAGUAAAAACCUCUAUCCCAGAUGGUGUGAAGUAGAGGUAAAUAACAGGAAUCACAGGCAAUAGUUGAAAGCAGCUUAACACGUUUCGUCUACUUACAAUGUAGACUUCUUCAGGAGAAAACAGAUUAUAAAAUCAGGGAUUGCAAUAAGUAAAAUACUAUAUCGUACCAUCUGGUCAUAUUUUUAUACAUAUAUAUAAAAAGGUAAAACUGUAGACCAGGGCUUUUUUUUUUGGUAGUUUUGCAAGUUUGUCAGACAACUAGUGUUCGUCAUUUCCUAGUCCAAUUCCAUGCAUAGAUUAGAUAUUAAAGAUAUGUAUUCUGUUAUUAAUAUCUUGGUUAAUAAAUGAUACUAUAACUUUGUGAUAAGGCACACCCAAGCACAAGUACCUAUGAUCGUUGCAUAAGCUAUGGUGAAAUAACCUCUCUAAUGUCCCUUCAGAUGGAGGGAUUUUGGGGAAAAAAUCCAACUCACGCUUUGAUGUCCCCUUAUAGAAGAUCAUAUGUAGCAUGUAGAAAUGCCCAUUUCAUACAAAUAGUAUAUAUGUACUUGCUUUUCUCUUUGCAUAAAAACUGAAUUGUAAGUCCCUUUCAAUCAAGACUGAUCACUGUCCCCAAAACAGUGUAAUUUUGUGGGCUUUUUCUUAGAACACCAUAUUGCACACAGAAUGACUAGUAUAAAAAAUAACGGAGCAGGAUUUUUGUAAGGAAAAAGACGCAUGUUUAAGUUGUUCAUACAUGACAACUUUGGGGACAGGAAGGUGCUAAAUAUAUGGGAGAAAUCACUGGGACACCUAUAUGACCAUCCACUCAUUUGACCCCAAUGCAAGAAGUUUAACCCCUUAAGGACCAAACUUCUGGAAUAAAAGGGAAUCAUGACAUGUCACAGAUGUCAUGUGUCCUUAAGGGGUUAAAAUGGGUAUAUUAUGCUAAAAUUAGCCCAGAUGUGUAAUAGUUCUUAUUGUAAACAGAGUUACUUGGAAAAUUUCAGAAAGAAGAAAAGUUCCUAGGAUCUGUUUUUGCUAGGACAGAUCAAAAAGUGUGACUGUCCCAGGAAAAAUACAGGAUUGCAUCAUAUGCAAUUACAUUUCAAAAUUUGUGCAUGUUCGAGUUUGCGUACAAUUUAAUUCCCCAAACUUUUAUGUGUAUGUUUACCAGAACAUUUGUGAAUAUCUCAAUGUAGACAAUUAAGCUUUAAUCAGAAUUUUUUCAAUACGUUUGCAAGUUAAUAGUGGUUUUAUUUUUUUAUUUUCUUCCACAGGACUUGUUGGAAAGACAGACUUGGAUAAUCUUCGUAUUGAUGCUAUAAUAGAUUCCCUUGAUGAUUUUAUAUCUGCUUUCCCCUGGUCUGAACCAGAUGAAGAAAAAAAGGUACGAUUUUUUUUUUUCAAUGACAAAUGUGAUAAGUUUGGGAAAUAAAAGUACUUUUAUUUUAAAUACAACAAAUGAUCAUUUGUCUUUGCUAUUGUCGCUCCACGCAGGAAAAGAUAAAUAGUUUAAUAUCAGCAGAUAGCCAGAAUUGAAGAGCUGGAAUGCAUAAACUGGCACAGUUAGUAUGAUAGGCAAAUAAGAUAAACUAACCUGAAAAUAAGCUGGUAAUCCAAAUGUGAAUAACACAUAGGUCAAGGAACAGUAAUUUAAAAAGACCAUGUGAAAGAUUACUGUACUAAAGAAGCAAAGUAAAAAAUACUGCAAGACAUGAGAAUUGGUAGGCAAUGUGAAAAUAGAUCCUAACUGGUAAGGCAAAACAUGAAGAAUUAUGUCAAAAUAAUACUUUCUAAAUCAGUAAAUCACUAAUAUAGCCAGAAAUAAAUAGUCAAAAAAAUAGACUUGUUCACACUUUUUUUUUUUUUUUACCUGUACAAACCAAUCAAAUUCCUUUUCAUCUACGGCCAAACUAAUCUAUCAGUUCUGGAUUUGUAAGUGGAGUCUUAUUCAAUGAUGAUCUUGUUGAUUAAAUAAGACUGCUUAGGUAAAACCUGGACGGAUCGAUUUGUUUAGGCGUAGAUCAAAAGUUUGAUUUGUCCGUAUCAGCUAAAAAGAAUUUGUGCACACCUGUAGUCCAAAAUACCCUCACAAAUCAGUGCCAUUGCUCAAUUGAUAAGGUGUGCUCGACCUUUUAUUUUUCAUGUUUUGUCUGAAUUGUGGGUCCAGGAUAACUAGCAACUUUUAAAUAUGAAUUCAAGUAGCAGAGUGCCCACUGUUUAAUUUUUUUUUUCUAUUUUUAUGGUAAUAAGAAUUCAGCAAUUCCACAAAUCCUUCAGAUGUCAAUCACCCUAUCACUAUUCACAAGAAAUAGGAAUAUAGCUAUCAGUAAAAUAUAAUGUUCACUGGAUAACUCUUGAAAAAAAAGUUUACUCUGUAUGGGAGCCUAAAAUGCAAUCAAAAGCCUAAAUAAUUCAAUAAUCAAAAUAACUAAUUCUGAUAUCUUUGCUUUAGAAACAAAAACAAGAGGAAUACAUAAAAAAUGGUUCUCCGACUCUACUGGCUGCUUUGGAGAAAAGUUUGGGAGAUAAGACAUGGUUUGCUGGUGACUAUGUAAGUAAACAUUUAAAUGAGAUUUUGAUAAAAAAUAUAGAUUUAAAAAAAUGUGCUUAAAAUCAAUUAAAUUAGUCAAAUGUACAUGCCUUUACAGGUUUUACAUUGGGAACAAGUUGAACAUGUAUAGUUGUAUCAUAACCCCCUAUCACAAACCUGUCUUAAAAGAGUGUAUUUACUUUAGAAGUUCUCAUUUUCUGUUUGUUGCCUAUUAUUGCAAGACAGCAAAAUAGAUAAAGACAGAAGAAAUCUAAUUUUCACAGGAAGAAACACUUCUUUGAAAUAGAGAAUCCGAGAAGCACAUUUUGAGACCACCUCCCAACACAAUGUGAUCCAGUAUUUAGCUUUGUAAUAAUAUACAUUUUACCAAUAUAUUUUUGCAUUGCAUGGUUUUUUAGGUUCCAAAUGUGUAGUGUCCACAAAUCUUCUCUAUGAAAACUAUUUGAUUAGAGACUGCCCGGCAUAAACAAGGAAGUUAGUACUAAGCAAAAAGGGUGUAGAUCACUUACAGAAGGGGAUAAAUGCUAGGGACUAAGGCAAAUAAUUUAGAAAAAUAAUAAAUGCACAAUUACAUAUGACUUGCUCAAGUGCAUUAAAAUUAGCAUUUUUUUUAAAGCUUGACUUUCCCUUUAAAGUAUGAAAUUAGUUUUAACAAUGCUAACAAAGAAAAUGUUUUACAGAGGUCUAUUUUAACCCCUUAAGGACACAUCACAUGUGUGACAUGUCAUGAUUCCCUUUUAUUCCAGAAGUUUGGUCCUUAAGGGGUUAAAGAAGGUGUUGGAAGUGCCUGAUCUAGACCCAUUAACGUCUUGUAAUUGUGAAUUACAUUUCUCUAAUAGCUGAGCAGAAGUAGUUCACAGCAACCUGUGGAAUCAGCUCAGUUACAUACUAUGCAUGUUUAACUACUUAUUUAUAUAGCACUAACAUUGUGCAGUGCUUUACAAAUGUAGAAUGUGGAUAUUGAACAAGUAAUUCAUAUACAGAAUAUUAAGAGACAAGAGGUGAAGAAAGUCAUUGACAAAUGAGUUUACAAUCUGCACUAACAAUCCCAAUGCAACACCCAUAAAGGUUCAUAUGGUAGAACAAUAGGCAAAAACACAUCCUAAAGAAAUAUGUGCAGCUUGAAGUUCUCAGGUUUAAAUCCCUGCAACACGUGUAACCCUUUAUCAAUGCUAUUAGUGUAUGAUAAUUGUGUACUUAAUGUUACAGUUAAACAUUCAUAUAUUAAGGGGACAAGAACAUUUGCAAAAUGUAGUAUAAUACUGUGGUUGCUAUAGAAAUAAUAUAAAUACUUCACUUUGACUGUGGUGCAUUAACUUCUACCAGCAUUCUUGGGCCAAAGUCACUUGCAGUAGUUGACCUAAUUUGGAGUUCUUCGUAAAGAAAUAAAAGCUGUAAUGGGUGCAGGGUGGAAAGGGGCUAUAGUUGGUGCCAACGGCAUAGGGAUUGUAGUGUUUAUAUCAAAAAAUUUAAAUAAUAAAGUUUACACCCCCAUCUGUGACUUAUCUUUGGCCAGGAAGGAGAGAAUCUGGUAGUAAAAUCUGCUUGUCUGCAGCCCCAGUGGGUGCAGAAACUCUUUUUAGCCAACGCCAGUGAGUUUUUCAGGGCAUUGCCGUGGUAAUGCGCGGCAACACUGUGAUACAGUACAAUGACGUAGACCAAGUUCUCCUUCCUACCCCUCAGCAUCCAGGCGGCCUGGCCGGUGAUGGAGAUCUUUGAUCUCCCAAUUAGCCAUGGAAGUUCGGUGGGUGGGACACGUGGGGGCAAGGCAUAAUGUAGGUGGGGCAUAUGAACAUGUGUCACUGUGGUUCUCAAGGUCAAAAGUAUAAGAAAGAAUAUUGAAAGUGGGAACUGUUAACAACUUCCUUUUGCUUAACAACUUGCCAAAUGUAAAUUUUAUGUACAAAAACCAGUGUGCCGGUAUAUGUGAAAUUCCUAGUGUUGAAAGAAAAAUGUUUUUAAAAACAAAUCAGGCUGGUGGCAAAGUCAGAGCAUAAUGAAAAUUGAUUAUACCCAUCCAGUACAAUGAUUAAAACCCUUCCAUCAAAACCCACUCGUUCACACAAUACAGGAGACAUUUUCAGAUCUUAACAUCCAGAUGCUACUUUUAUAAAUGCCUGCAACUUUAGAUCUAUAUAAACCCCGCCCCAAAAAAGAAAUUGCCUAUUGGGUUCAAUCACUAAUCAUUUAAUCUGACCCGUAUCUCUUUAAUUCAGAUCUAUAUGACUUUACAUUUUGGUUAAACAAGAGUAGAUUUGUACCACAUCUGCAAUAUUCGUCUCAACUCAGACAGACUAAUAUAGCUAAAAUAUUGCAUGUAAUCUGUGCUGCGCUUUAUUAAUACAGGUUUUUGAAUGUGGACUGGAAAAAAGAAUAUUACAAAGAUGCCUGUUUGCAGUAUAGAAUAGGGGUGUCUAAAAGGUCGACCACUACAUGUUGAAAAUCCUAUAAUCCAUGGUUAUUUAUACACAGGCAGUCAUAGCAGGAGAUAAAACAUGAAAUUUCAAAACUAUAAUCUACCAGCAAAGCAUCUACAUUUUUAAUUUGUGCCUUUUAUGUCCUUUAGGUAACUUGGGCUGACUUUUACUGGGACACAUUCAGUGAUGGUCUUGAAGCUUUUGACCCAAACUUUGCAAAAAAUCUUCCAAACCUACAAGCUCUUAAGAAGAGAGUUCAAUCCAUUUCACAAAUUGCAUCAUGGUUAGAAAGACGUCCUAAGACGGAGCAUUAACUUCUCACAGAAGAAGAUCUGCUUAGUGCAUGGAUUUGACUUGAAUGAAUAAAAGGUUGCAUGCAGAAAAAAUAUAAUUGACUUGUUUUUAUUUCAUAAUCUUUUAUUCUGAUUUAACAGAUCUUGUGGUCUAGGAACAAACACAUCCCUUGUUAUAGAGAGCUGAUAUGUCAU